AUGAAGACGACACUUUUUCGUAUCAUCUCUUUUUUUAAUAUUAUAUUUUUCUUCUUAGAUUCUAGUCAUGAGCAUUUUAUUAGACAGUUAAGUGAUACAUCGGGUGGAUCUUCAGUUACAAAUUUUAAUUUUAGUGAGGAGAAUAUUUUAAAAAGUGAUGAAGAGAAGAUUGAUCAUAAUGAGAAUCAUAUUUCGCUUAAUCGUUUAUAUAGGAAAAAACCAUAUAUGAAGAGAUCCCUAAUAAAUUUAAAAAAUGAUCUUUUUAAAUUAGAACCCGUAUCUUAUAUUCAAAAAUAUCAUAAUAGUAAUAUAAAUAGAUCUGAUAUUUUUAAUGAUAAAAAAAAAAAAAAUUCAAAUGUGUAUUCAAAUGUGUAUUCAAAUAUGUCUUCAUUGCAUUCUUUUGUUGAAGAAGGUAAAGAAGAAGUUGGAAGAUUUUCUAUAUGGGGAUCUAAUAGCGUUUUAGAUCAUAUCGAUGUUCUGAGAGAUAAUGGAAGUGUUGUUUUUUCAGUUCAACCAUAUUACGUUGAUAUAUAUACAUGUAAAGAAACCACAUUAUUUACUACAUCUUUUUAUAAGGAUCUAGAUAAACGUUCAACUUCCAAAAUUACUGAAACUAUUAAAAAAUUUAAUGAAGAAAUAAUUAAGAAUGAAGAACAAUGUUUAGAUGGAGGGAAAACAAAUUUUGAUAAUUUACUUAUAGUUUUAGAAAAUGCUGAAAAAGCAAAUGUUAGAAAAUCAUCAUUUGAUAGUACACUUAGUAAUUAUAAAAAUAAAAAAUCUAAUUUUUAUAAUUGUUUGAAAAAUAAAAAGACUAAUUAUGAUAAGAAAAUAAAAAGUAUAAAGAAUGACAUCACUAAAGUGUUAAAAAGUAUUCAAUGUACAGGAAAUAUGUGUGAAACGAAGUCAUAUGUUAUGAAUAAUAAUUUAUAUCUAUUAAGAGUGAAUGAAAUUACAAGUACAGCUAUUGACUAUUAUUUAAAUAGAGCAAAAGAAUUAUUAGAAUCGAGUAUCAAAUUAGUUAAUCCCAUAAAAAUGAAAUUAGGUGAUAAUAAAAACAUGUACUCUAUUGGAUAUAUACAUGAAGAAAUUAAAGAUAUUAUAAAAAGAUAUAAUUUUCAUUUAGAUAAUAUAAAAAAAGGAAAAGAAUAUAUACAAAAUAUAAGCAAAGAUAAAACUAUUCCAGAAAAAAUGAAAAGAGAAGAUCUUAUAAAAAAAAUUUUUGAAUCCUGCAAAAAUUUUUCUAGUUUAAAAUAUAGCAGUGAAAUAAUAAGUAAAUUAGAUUCCUUAUUCAUAAAAAAUGAAGAAAUACUUAAUAAUUUAUUCAAUAAUAUAUUUAAUACAUUCAAAAAAAAAUAUGAAACAUUUUUAGAUAUGAAAACAAUUCAAUCAAAAUAUGAAACUGUAAUGACUUUAUCAGAACGUUUGUUGGAAUAUGCAACGGAUGUUUUAAAAGCUAACCCUCAAAAACCUAUUGACCCAAAAGCUAAUCUUGAUUCAGAAAUAGUAAAAUUACAAAUGAAAAUAAAUGAGAAAUCAAGUGAAUUAGAUAAUGCAAUAAGUCAAGUUAAUACAUUAGUAUCAAUAAUGAAAUCACUUUAUGAUGUUAUUUUAUCUGAAAAAGCUUCUAUGGAUGAAAUGGAAAAUAAAGAAUUAAAUUUAAAUAAUUAUAUUGAGAAAACCGAAUACUUAUUAUAUGCAUCAGAUAUUUUUAAGACUAAAAGUAAUAUUAUAAAUAAUAACAGUAAAAAUAUUAGUUCUAAAUAUAUAAUAAUAGAAGGUUUAAAAAAAUAUAUUGAUGAAUUAAAUAGUCUUAUAACAGAUUUUAAAGAUUCACAAGAAAUAUUAAUAAAAGAUGACGAAUUAAAAAAAAACAUGAAAACGGAUUAUUCUGAUAACAUUAAAUUUAUAGAAGAGAAUGUUACUAAUAUAAAUGAAAUUAUAUUAUUAAAACAUUCUAUAAAUCAAAGAAUAGCAGAUAUAGAUGAUUUAAAUAGUUUAAAUUUAAUAAAUAUAAAUGAUUUUAUAAAUGAAAAAGAUAAAUCACAAGAGAAGGUAACAUCUAAUCUUAAAGAAUUAUAUGAAGGAAAUUUUGAAGAAUUAGAAUCUGAAUUAACAGAAUUUUUAGACACGAAAUAUUUGUUUCAUGAAAAAAAGAAUGUAAAUGAUAUGAAAACAAUUUUGAAUACAUCAAAAAGUGCACGUGAUAAAUUAAAUUUUAUAAAAUCUGAUAAUAUUACUAAUACAAUCACUUUGUUAAAAACAGAAUUAAGUAAUCUAUUAAAUGUCAAGGAAAAUAUAAUAAAAAAACUAUUAAAUUAUAUAGAAGAAAAUAUGCAAAAUUCAUUAAAUAAAUAUAUUAUUACAUAUACUGAUAUUAAUAAUAAAAUGGAAAAUUAUAAAGAAGAAAUUGAAAGUUUAGGACUAUAUAAAGAUACCAUUAAAAAUGUACAAAAAGAAUAUAUAUCACAUUUAUAUGAAAAUGAUAAAAAUGCUUUAGUUGUUCAUAAUACUUCAAUGCAAAUAUUACAAUAUAAAGAUAUUAUCCAAAAAAUAAAAAAUAAAAUUUCUGAUGAUAUAAAACUUUUAAAGAAAUAUAAAGAAAUGCAUCAAAAUUUAUUAAAUUCAUAUGAAAAUCUAGAUAAAAAAUUAAGAGAUAAUACAUAUAUUAAAGAAAUGCAUACUGCUUCAUUAAUUCAAAUAACUGAAAAUAUUCCAUAUGAAGAUAAACCAAUAAGUGAACUUGAGAACGAAUUUAAUAAUAGUAAUCAAAAACUUGAUAAUAUAUUACAAGAUAUUAAUACAAUGGAUUUAAAUAUAAGUAUUCUACAAACAUUAAACAUAGGUAUAAAUGGAUGUAAUACAAAUAAUAUAAAACUUCAAGACUUAAUUAACAAGAAAAAAGAAUUAAAUAAUAUUUUAAAUGAUCAAAAAGGAAUUAUACAAAAUGAUGAUAUAAUGCAUGAUAAUGAAAAAGAAAACUUUUCAAAUAUUUUAAAAAAAGAAGAAGAAAAAUUAGAAAAAGAAUUAGAUGAUAUCAAAUUUAAUAAUUUGAAAACUGACAUUGAUAUAUUGUUAAAUUCGUAUAACAAAUCUAAAGAAAAUAUAGAAAAUAAUGUUAAAAUAAAUUUAGAUGCUUUGGAAAAAGAAAAAGAUAAUUGGAUAAAUUUUAAAAGUACUAUAGAUAUUUUAUAUGUGGAAUAUAAUAUAUGUAAUCAAACUAGUCAAAAUACUAUCACACAACAAAAAAAUGAUAUCAUAGAACUUAUUUAUAAACGUAUAAAAGAUAUAAAUCAAGACAUAAUUAAAAAGGUAGAUGAUUAUUAUUCCCUCUCACAUAUAGCCUUAACUAAACUUAAAUCUAUUAAUUUUAAUAUAGAUAAGGAAAAAUAUAAAAAUCCUAAAAGUCAAGAAAAUAUCAAAUUAUUAGAAAAUAGAGUUACGACACUUGAAAAAAAAAUUAAUGAAGAUAAAGAUGCUUUAAUACAAAUUAAAAAGUCAUCAAAUGAUUAUUUUGUAAAUGCUGGAAAUGAGAAGAAGAAGGAAGAAACACAAUAUAAUGAAAAAAGAAAAGCAAUGGGAGAUAUAUAUAAGGAUAUUAAAAAAAAACUAGAUGAAAUAAAUAAUAAAAAAUUGAUAGAUAUUACUUUAAAUGAAGCAAAUGAAAUAGAAUCAGGAUAUGAAAGAAUAUUAAUUGAUGAUAUUUGUGAACAAAUUGUAGAAAAAUCAAAACAAAAUGAUAAUAUUAACAAAGAAAUUGAAACAUAUAAAACAUCUAUUGAUUAUGUAGAUGCUGGUGUUUCCAAAACGAGAAGCGAUCAUCUUUUGAAUGAAGAUAAAAAUAUAUAUAAUUCUUUUUUUUAUGAAGAUAAAUUAGAUUAUAAAUCCUAUUUUGAUAAAUUAAAAAGUUUAUAUGAAAAUAUAAACAAAUUAACAAAUGAAUCUAACGGACUAAAAAGCGAUGCUCAUAAUAAGAAUACAAAAGUUGAUAAACUAAAAGAAAUUAAUUUACAGGUAUUUAGUAAUUUAGAAAAUAUAAUUAAAGAUGUUGAAAAACUUGAAAAUACGUUACACGAACUUAAAGAUAUGUAUCAUUUUCUAGAAACGAUAGAUAUUAAUCAAAUAUUAACUAGUAUUCGUAAUAGCAUGCAGAAAUCAGAAGAACACAGUAGUGAAACGAAAAAAAUAUUUCAACAAUCAGUUGAUAUAACCAAUCAAUUUAUAAAAGAUGUUGAAAUAUUGAAAACGUCUGUUAACGAAAACUUUGAAAGCUUAAAUGAUGAUAAAAUUGAUGAAAAUAUAAAAUCACUACUUCUAAAGAAAGAGGAAAUAUCAGAAAAAAGAAAACAAGUGGAUAAAUACAUAACAGAUGUUGAAUAUAAUAAAGAACAAUCAGCUUUACAUUUAAGAUAUGCAUCUAGAGGUAUAUAUGUUAUUGAUCUUUUUAUAAAACAUAAAAUUAUUAAUCCUAGUGAUGGAAAAAAUUUUGAUAUUAAUAAAGUUAAAGAACUUAUAAAUAAAACAGAACAAGUUUCAAAAGAAGCUAUUGAAUAUGCUAAUAAUAUGGAUGGAAAAAAUAAAGAAAUUAUAAAAAUAGAAAAUGAACUUUAUGAUUUAAUUAAUAAUAAUAUCCGUUUAUUAAAAGGUGCAAAAUAUGAAAAAGUCAGGAAACAAGCACAAAAUGCAUUUAAUGAUAUUAAUAAUAUCCAUUCUAAUAUUAAAUCCAUUUUAACCAAAUCUGAAGAACAAUUAGAUGCGAUUAAGAAACAACCUAACAUUAAAAGACAAGGUGAAAUUUUAAAGAAUGAAAAAACAAAAAUAGCUUAUAUUACAAUACAAAUAAAUAAAGGAAGAAUAGAAUAUAAUUUAUCAAAUAUAUUAAAUAUGAAAAAUAACAUAAAUAAUAUCUUGAAUAAAUCUACCGGAUAUAUAAAUGAUGUAUCAAAACCUGAAGAGUUUGUUAUUAAUAUAGAAUCAUUGAAUAUGAAUGAUAUAUAUAAUAAGGAUAAAGAUCUUUUAAUAAAUAUUUUAAGAGAAAAAGAAAAUAUGGAUGCAGAGUAUAAAAGAAUGAAUGAAAUGUAUAAUUAUAUUAGUGAAAGAGAAAAAGAAAUA